GAGACAGCGCGUCCCCGUUUGGGUAGCAGGGCCGCUAUAAAUAUUCCGUCGCCUGCCUGCCACAGGAACAGUGUGCUCUCACCAAGGACCCCACCUCCACCUCCGCCGCCACUGGAGAGAGCCUGACCAAAAAAUAGAAGAGUCACAGCAACCACACCCACACUACGGAGAAGCAGAGACCUUCAUUAACUCAGGAGAGGAGAAAGUAUUCAGUUGGUACUGCGACCCUUCCGGAGAGAGGACAUGUGUCCCACGAUAAAGUCGUUCUUGGUCGACCGGAUGUGAAGAACACAGAAGAACAAGGGACAAGACUAAGGGACAGUACUUCGCCUCCACCCUCCUCCUCCUCCCACCACCCACCCAAAGUCACCAUCAGGAAGUAACAAGAUCACGUAGAAAAGUUGGGAUCCAAUCAGAAGCCAAAGUCCGAAGCCCUCGAGACGUUUGUGAUGUCGGAGCCACGUCAAGCGCAGCAUUUGACCUCGUCCCUCAUCGCGUCCGCCCUGCUCGCCCUCCUCCUCGCGGCCUACUCGCCCCCCACCGUCGCAGCCAACACCUUCCCCCUCAUGCUCAACAACCACGUGGUCCGCGACGUCGACGACUACGACGCCGCGUCCCUCCCAAACAACAAUGUCAUUAAUUAUGAGCUCCCAUUUUUGAGACAAGUGCGACGCCUGGGGUCCGAGUUUCUUGGGAAAAGGUCGUCCCCUCCUUCGUUGGAGGAGGAGACCGCGGGCGACGUUUGGGAGCCACCUUCCUCCUCCUGGCCGGAUUCGGACGGUAUUUUCACCUCCUCCCUCUCGAAACGGGCGAGGAUGCGGAUGGGGUCCGAGUUUCUGGGGAAGCGACGCCUGGGGUCGGAAUUUCUGGGGAAACGGAAACGUGGCGCGUUGGGGUCCGAAUUUUUAGGGAAGCGGUCACCAGCCUCCUUCCUCCUCCGCCCGUCGCCCGACUUCUCCUGGAAAAGGGCUCGGCUAGGGUCAGAGUUCCUCGGGAAGAGACAACCGUCCCCUCCUCACAGCCUCCUCCCAACCACCAACGACUUUUAAUAAUCUAGAUGAUAACCACCCAGUCCUUAUCCUUAUCAUGCCGCAGUAUUUUUGUCUAAACAUUCACCUCACACUUUUACCUUCUUUUUGCCCUCAUAAACUCUUAGAAAACUGGGGUUAAAUCAUUACUGACCGGAGUAAAUUUACGACUCUAAGGGACACUACUUAUUCCUAAUGUUGUGACAAUGGAAAACUAUUACCAAUCCGGUAGAAAAUUACUACCAAAUCAAUCCCAGUACGGAGUACUUAAUAUCUGACUCUACCAGUGUAUUAUUUUCCAGAAGUAUGUACCUUUCCCCAAAAAUAUGUACUUAUUUAGAUGUGUCCUUAUACCUUACCUCCACGAACUACUGGAACAAUGCAAUGAUACAUACAUGAAUAGUAUUUAGCAAUAUGUAGUAGAGCCAUGCGGUAUUUUUUAGCGUCACGUGGGAAAUAAUUUCAUCCAUAAGUAAGUCCUCCUACUAAAUAAAUAGCAGUCUAUCUCUAUCUCUUUCUCUCUCUCUCUCGAUGUAUCUUUAUCUCCUAAUAAAUGUGCUUUCCCCGUACAUAUUUAUGUAUCUACUUCUCUGUAAUUUAGUGUAAAAUUUGACUCUAAAAAAUCCAUCACUUUUAAUGACUCACUUAUAAAAUUAGAUUAUGUCAACCUUUCACCCUCGUGACAUUAUCAUCACAUGCUUAUUUUUGUAGUUAUAUGUAUCUAUCUACGUAUUUAGUACGUGGCCAAUCUUGGCGAAAAUGUCACACUGUAAUUAUACUUAGCUGUAUUUAUGUAGUCAAAGUGGGUUAAUUAUUCGUCACUUAUUUACUCAUUUACAUAUGUAUUUAUGACCCCAUAAUAUUGAUCUUACUCUUCCGAAAAUAUAGGGGUAAAUUUCCAACUUUUUUUUGGACGGUGUCCUUCUCCUGUGCAGUUUGUGCUUCUAUAAAAAAACACUUUGUAAAAAAAUGUAGCGCAUAUGUAAAUGUAGCGCAGAGUAGGGAUGCCUAUGAAAAAGUAGUGAGUAGUGAGAAUAUCAUGGUGUAAUUUAUUUUAUGUGGUUAUUUAAAUACUUAUCCAUUUCCUGUUAGUCUAUAUGUAUGUAUAGCGUCUCCUCACUGUUGUAUGUACUAACUACUAAAAUAUGUGUGUACACUACCCCUGGCAAAAGUUAAUUAGUGUGACUAAUUAUAUGUAUUACUUGUGAAAUAAUAAUUAUAACCAUCAAGUCAAAAAUAUUAAAUUACAUGGAAAUACUUGUUUUUAAAAA